AUGUCUUACCAGCAGGAACGCUUCAUCGCCGAGCUCGCCGUCCAGCGCGCAACCCUCCUCACCCAGAAGGUCUUCAACGAGAAGGCCAAGGGCACCGUCUCCAAAGAUGACAAGUCGCCCGUCACCAUUGGCGACUUCGGCGCCCAGGCCCUGAUCAUCCAAGCCAUCCGCAAGAACUUCCCCAACGACGAGAUUGUUGCCGAGGAGGAAGCGAGCACCCUCCGCGAGGACAAGGCCCUGAGCGGGGAGAUCUGGAGACUGGUCAAGGACAUCAAGCUGGAGGACAGCGAGAGCGACAACCUCCUGGGAGGCCCCCUGCCUAGCGAAGAGGCGAUGCUGGACAUCAUCGACGAGGGCAAGAGUGCGGGUGGUCCCUCCGGCCGUAUCUGGGCUUUGGACCCCAUCGACGGCACCAAGGGUUUCCUGCGGGGUGGUCAAUAUGCCGUCUGUCUCGGUCUGAUUGUCGACGGUGAUGUCAAGGCGGGGGCCAUCGGCUGCCCGAACCUGCCCGUCAACGACUCCGAGACCAUGACUGCCGGCAUCGGAGCUGAGCAGAUAAGCGGCGCCGGCAAUGGCGUUCUCUUCUCCGCCAUCCAGGGCGUUGGCUCCAUCAGUCGGCCCCUCCAGAACGGCGCUCUGGCCGAGAGCAAGUCUAUCUCCAUGCGCCCCGUUCCCGAUAUCGCGCAGGCCGUGUUCUGUGAGGGUGUCGAGGCUGCCCACUCCGCUCAGGGCGACAACGCUGCGGUCGCUCAGCUUCUCGGAAUCACCGCCCCCAGUGUGCGUCUGGACUCCCAGGCCAAGUACUGCUCCAUCGCCAGAGGAGCCGGUGACAUCUACCUGCGUCUGCCGGUGAAGAAGGAUUACCAGGAGAAGAUUUGGGACCACGCCGCUGGUGACCUGAUCGUCAGGGAAGCUGGCGGUCAAGUGACGGAUAUCUACGGCAACAGACUGGACUUCAGCAAGGGCCGGACCUUGGCUGCCAACAAGGGAGUCGUCGCCGCUCCCAAGGCCGUCCACGACAAGGUCAUCGACGCUGUCAAGACUGUCUUGAAGCUGUAA